GAAAGGCUGCAGUGGAACACAAACUUGCCGAUUUGAAGAAGAUGGAGCAGAACUGCAUCACCUUAGUGUCGGUGGUGGGCACUCUUGGCGGCCUCAUGAUACUAGCAAUCCUCGCUACCCUCUGCUUCUCUGUCAGCAAGAGACACUCAGGAAUCAAAAAGACUCCCGUUAGCAGAGAUAACAGGAAGAAGUAAAGUUGGACGGACAAACAAGCCUCAGGAACUAACUCGUUCGUAAGUAGAGGAGCAUCUAUAUACAGGUGGGUGAUGAUUUAUUCUUGUCAAAAAAUUAUCAAUGAAGGAACUGUUUUCUCCAUGUAUAAACUUUGAUUGAUCAAACUUUCAGUAAGUUGUUAGCAGGGAUGGCAUAAGGAUGCUAUUGGAAAAAAAUAUUUUCUGCUUGUUGGUUAUCCUUGGUCAUAUUGACUAAAUGUCAGUUAUGGAUACAUAAUAAAUUAGAUGCUUUUUCAGCAGAUGCAGCUCACCAACUUACAAUAGGCUAACUUAACUUACAACGUGCUUUCAGUAGUCUAUGUUGAACCAUAUGACAGUCAUCUGAGUAAAAACUCGCACAAUAUUCAUUGACUGUCCUAUGUGUUAG